AUGUCUCAAUCAUGUACUGUUGAAUCAUGUGAAUCUACAUUAGGUAUUUCUUGUCAUUGCUGUGACAAAACAUUUUGUCCAGAUCAUUUAAAUGAACAUUAUGAAUCAAUUAAUAGUCAGUUGAAUCCUUUGGCUAAUGAAAUCAAUACUCUUUAUGAUCAAAUUAUGAAAAAAACCAAGGAAAAAUUAAUUGGCAAUUGUCUUAAGAAACUUGAUAAAUGGCGUGAUGAAUGUUAUCAAACGAUAAAUUGUUUAUAUGAAAAAAAACGUCAAGAACUUGAACAAAAAUUUGUUCAAAAAACUGAUAAACAACAAAAAGAAAUCGAUCAAAUGCAAUUAAAAAUAACUAAACUUAUUCAUGAACAUGAUGGUACACAACAAGAUCUUCAAUAUUUUAAAUCAACUAUUGAAACAAUAAAACAUGAUAUAAAACAAAUUCAUCAAAUAUAUUUUCAUAUAAAUAUUCGUUCAUUAGAAUUAUAUGAAAAUUUUAUUUCAAUUGAAGAAAAAAAACUAGAUGAAAUUGAUUUUACAGUUCUUUUAUCUCCAUACAAAACAAUUGAUUGUCUAGAAUAUUAUGGUAUACAUACAUCAUUUGCUACCAAUGAUAAUUUUCUAUUAAUACAUCAAAAUUCAGAAUUACAGUUAUUUAAUAAAGAAUUAAUAAUGAUUAAAAAUAUUUCAUGGAAAAAUCAUGGAGUUUAUGAUAUGUGUUGGUCAUCGACAAUAAAUAGAUUUAUUGUUCUUGAUUAUAAUAAACAAAUUUAUCUUAUUAACGAAAGUUUAGCAUCAGUUGAACAAAUUGAAUUAAAUCCAGAGCAAUUCUGGUGGUGUUGUACAUGUUCUAAUACUUCUCUAUAUCUCAUAGCAUCUCAUCAUCAUACAGAUAUUUUUCAAUUUGAUCUUCAAUCACCUUUUCCAUUGAUCAAACGAUGGAAAACUCUUUCACAUUGUAAAGAACGUGAUAUUAUCGUAGAUAUGACUUAUCAUAAUGAAAAACUUGCUUUAAUAAUUAAUAAUCGAAAUCAAACCCGUAUGGAACUUCGAUCAUCUAUAACAUUUGAUCGAAUUUGGUUUUUACAACUUGAUACGAAAUAUGAUAUUAUUCAUCCAAUCACUUAUUUCUGUUUACUUAAUUGUAAUGAUUGGCUUCUACCAGAUUAUAAGAAUUCUCGUCUUAUACAUGUUGGUAAUGAUGGAGAAAUAAGAUCAAUUUCUGCGUAUAAUCCGUCACCUAUCAAUGCAAUUCUCUUCGGUUCAAACAUUCUUGUUAUAAAAACUGAAAAAACUUGGAAUUUUCAUGAAAUAUAA